AUGUCCAAGCGCACGAAGAAGGUCGGCAUCUCCGGCAAGUACGGCACAAGAUACGGUGCCUCGCUCCGUAAGCUGGUGAAGAAGCAGGAAGUUGCCCAGCACGCGCGGUACACUUGCACUUUCUGCGGCAAGAACACCGUCCGUCGGUCUGCCGUUGGCAUCUGGUCGUGCAAGUCGUGCAAGAAGACCAUGGCUGGUGGUGCUUACACAGUUGCGACCCCUGCUGCGGCUGCUAUGCGGUCAACCCUCCGCCGUCUCCGCGAGAUCACCGAGGUUUAA